GGUAACUGCUCACUCAUCACUCGCAUCUCCCAACUCCUUCUCUAGUCCUCGCCUCAAUCUCGACUGCAGAAGACAAACCACGUUGAGAAAUCACUCGGACCAAUACCGUCACGAUGCCAGGCUUUGCACAGGCGAACGAGCUGCCAGCAUGGAAGGCUCUGAUGGAGCACCACGACAAGCUGGGUCGCGGCAUGGUCCUCAAGAGCGAGUUCGAGAAGGAUCCUCAACGAUUUGAGAAGUACAGUCACACCUUCCACAAUGAGGCCGACAACAGCGACAUUCUCUUCGACUUCAGCAAGAACUUCAUCACGGACGACACCCUGCCUCUUCUCGUGAAGCUUGCCCAGGAAGCGAAGCUCGAGAGUCUUCGUGAUGACAUGUUCAAGGGCGAGAAGAUCAACUUCACCGAGCAGCGUGCCGUCUAUCACGUCGCUCUUCGCAAUGUCAAGAAUGAGCCCAUGCAGGUCGAUGGUAAGAGCGUGGUUGAAGAGGUCAACAGUGUGCUGGAUCACAUGAAGGAGUUCUCGGAGCAAGUGCGCAGCGGAGAGUGGAAGGGCUACACUGGCAAGCCUAUUGACACCAUUAUUAACAUUGGUAUCGGCGGCUCCGAUCUUGGACCCGUCAUGGUCACUGAAGCUCUCAAGCCAUAUGGUAAGAAGGGCAUGAAGCUGCACUUUGUCAGCAACAUCGACGGAACACACAUCGCCGAGGCUCUGGAAGGCAGUGAUCGCGAGACUACCCUCUUUUUGAUUGCAUCUAAAACCUUCACCACCGCCGAGACCGUCACGAAUGCAACGACCGCAAAGAACUGGUUCCUCGAGAAGGCGAAGCAGGAAGAUGUCGCUAAGCACUUCGUUGCACUCUCGACCAACGACAAGGAGGUGUCGAAGUUUGGCAUUGACACCAAGAACAUGUUCGGUUUCAACGACUGGGUUGGUGGCCGUUACUCUGUCUGGUCCGCGAUUGGUCUUUCUGUUGCUCUAUACAUUGGAUUCGACAACUUCAAGGAGUUCCUUGCUGGUGCCCAGUCAAUGGACCACCACUUCAGAACUGCCCCGCUCGAGCAAAACAUUCCAGUUAUUGGAGGUCUGCUUAGCGUGUGGUACUCUGACUUUUUCGGUGCCCAGACGCACCUUGUUUCUCCAUUCGACCAGUACAUGCACCGCUUCCCAGCUUACCUGCAACAACUGUCCAUGGAGUCGAACGGCAAGGCUAUUACUCGAAGCGGUGACUACGUAAAGUACACGACGGGCGCUAUUCUGUUCGGCGAGCCCUGCACAAACGCGCAGCAUUCUUUCUUCCAGCUCCUCCAUCAAGGCACCAAGCUGAUCCCAGCCGAUUUCAUUAUCGCUGCCAAGUCACACAACCCUGUCGAAAACAACAAGCACCAACACAUGCUGGCGUCCAACUACUUCGCACAAGCCGAGGCACUCAUGAUUGGCAAGACACCAGACACGGUCAAGAAUGAGGGUGCAGCAGCAGAGCUUGUGCCACACAAGGUCUUCUUGGGCAACCGCCCAACCACCAGCAUCUUGGCCGACAAGAUCACUCCUGGCACCCUCGGUGCGCUUAUUGCCUACUACGAGCACGUCACUUUCACGGAAGGCGCCGUCUGGAACAUCAACUCAUUCGAUCAGUGGGGUGUUGAGCUUGGCAAGGCACUUGCCAAGAACAUUCAGAGUGAGCUCGAUAAUGCUGGUCAGAGCACGAAGCACGACAGCUCCACGAGUGGACUUAUCAAUGCAUUCAAGAAGAAGGCUGGCAUUCCAUGAAUUGCAAAGAGGAGAGAGGACAUGGCGGAAAAGCCAAAACUGUGAUGCUAUUUAUAUUCUGCGUUGUGGCGUGAUUCAAGCUUGCUUGGCUGGGGUUGUGCAAAGGCAUAUGAAAUGCGAAGGAGAAUGGUAUGCAAUCCAAGGAAUACUUGCGCAGUAGCAAAGCAAACGCUAAAGACGACACGAUAAGUAUGUCUGAGAAAGAGUGGUCAGUAGGUAGAUUGGUUGGUAGAUAGGUCUAGAAGCAAGGUAUGAAUCCGCCAAGGCCGAAGCGGCAGUAUCGGUUGCUUCAACAUAGGUAC